AUGGCGGAUUCUAUCAAGAACGUGGUUGUAAUUGGGGCGUCGGGGAAUUUGGGAAAGGAAGUCGUCCAAGAACUGCUUAAAGCUGGCUUCAAGGUUACCGCGUUCGCGCGUGAGGAGUCGACAGCCACGUUCCCCCCUGGAGUAACCACUAAAAAGGUUAACUAUCAGUCUGUCGAGGGGUUAACUGCCGCGCUUCAAGGGCAAGAUGCGGUCGUAUCUACGAUCGCGACAGUAGCUGUCGGCGGUCAGGUCCCGCUGGUAGACGCCGCUAUCGCCGCCAAGGUGAAGCGGUUCAUCCCAUCCGAGUUCGGCAUCAAUACGAGAAUCGUAGAAGGUACAUCGAUCGGAAAAAUCCUCCAGGGCAAGGUCCAGGCUCUCGAUUAUAUCGUUAGCAAGUCUCAGGAGAAUCCGUGGUUUACGUGGACCGGCGUCUCCACCGGAAUCUUCUUCGAUUGGGGGCUUAAAUACGGAACCGUAGGGUUUAAUAAGGACACGAAGACUGCGACCAUCUACGACUCCGGAGACGAACCAGUCCAGGCAUCGAAUUUGGCGUUUAUCGGCAAGGCUAUCGGUGCUAUAUUGUCGCAGCCGGAGAAGACAGCCAACCAGUAUCUCACGAUCGCGUCAUUUAAUCCGUCCCAAAACCAGAUUCUAAAGAUCGUGGAAGCGGAGACGGGCGAGAAGUGGAAGGUAGAACACGCCAGCACCGCAGAGCAGGAGAAAAUCGGACUGGAGAAGCUAAGCAAGGGGGAUUACAGCGCAUUCUCCAACUUCUUGCGGAGUCGCAUCUACGCGGAUGGUGCUGGUCGCGCAGUUUUAGGAGACAAAAAUGCGAUUGGCUUACUCGGGUUGCAGGAGGAAGAUCUGGCAGCGACGGUAAAGGAGUGGCUACGUGGCUAA